AUGGCAAACCGAGGCUACGACGUGGUAGUAGACGUGGAUGCCGAGAAGGGUGACCUCGGGCAUACCGACCUGCAAGAAGACCUCGAAUUCCACCCCUCCAACUUCGAGAGCGACCAACGCAACGCCAAAGCGCAGGCUGACUCCAGCCCGUUCCUGGGCGGCGGACCAUCACGCGGUGGCCGGGACCGAUCCCCUGGCGGCACGCCGACCAAGCACAGCUGGUGGUCUCUGCACUACUACGAGCAGUUUUUCGACGUCGACACGAACGAGGUGCUGCGCCGCUGCGUUGCCGCGCUGUACCCGCGCACCAACUUCCUGGACGUGCUGGAGGGCAACGCCGACCUGUACGGCCCCGUGUGGAUCGCGACCACCGUGGUGGUGAUUUUGUUUUUGACGGGGACCAUCUCGCAAUGGCUUGCGCACCGAGACCAGUCUCAUUUCGAGUAUGACUUCAAGCUGCUGUCUGGCGCUGCGGGCUUGAUCUACGGGUACACGGGCAUCUUGCCCAUUGCGCUGUGGGGCGCGCUGCGCUGGUUCGGCAGCUCGACUGCUGAUCUUGUCGAGUGCUGGGCUCUGUAUGGGUACUCGAACCUUGUCUGGAUUGGUGUUGCCCUGGUUAGCUGGAGUCCGUUGACGGCGCUGAACUGGGCCCUUGUUGGGGUUGGCUUCGGCUGGACCGUUUUCUUCCUCUUGCGUAACCUCUACCCGGUCUUGAAUGCUACGGAUGCCAAGGCGAGCAAGAUCCUCUUGAUCUUGGUUGUGGCACUGCAUGCUGGUCUGGCUAUUGCGAUCAAGGUUCUUUUCUUCGCACAUGCAAGCCCGGUCGCGAAAGGCAAGGAUUCAUAA